AUGAGUGUUAUCAGUGAUGAGUUGGAGUAUGAUAAAGAAUCUUUGGCAAGAGAGCAUGUUCAAUUUGUUUCAAAGUUCAAUGAUGAGCAACGUUGUGUGUAUGAUGUGAUAAUGAAAUAUGUUGAAUCAAAAAAUAGUGGGCUGUUCUUUGUGUAUGGAUAUGGAGGUACUGGCAAAACAUUUCUUUGGAAGUCAUUGUCUGCUGGAAUACGUUGUAAAGGAGAAAUUGUGAUUAAUGUUGCUUCAAGUGGUAUUGCUUCGUUGUUAUUACCUGGUGGAAGAACUGCUCAUUCCCGUUUUAAGAUUCCAAUCAAUGUUAGUGAAGAUUCUGUGUGCAAUAUAAAGCAGGGUAGUGAAUUGGCAGAGCUUAUUAUAAUUGCCAAGCUAAUCAUAUGGGAUGAAGCUCCAAUGAUGCACAAGCAUUGCUUUGAAGCUUUAGAUCGAACUUUACGUGAUCUAAUGCGAUUCACGAAUGCUUCGAGCUUUGAGCUGCCUUAUGGUGGGAAAACAGUUGUAUUUGGUGGUGACUUUCGUCAAAUAUUGCCUGUUAUUUGUAAAGGUAGUCGACAAGAUGUGGUUAAUACAACAAUUAAUUCUUCUUAUCUGUGGGAGAAAUGCAAAUCAUCGUCAAAUUCUAAUGGUAAUGAGGAGUUGCAUACUCAAGAAUUUUUGAAUACCUUGAGGUGUUCGGGCACACCCAAUCACGAAAAAGUACUGAAGGUUGGUAGUCCGGUUAUGUUAUUGAGAAAUAUCGAUCCUGGUAAUGGCUUGUGUAAUGGCACAAGAUUAGUUAUCACGAGAUUAGGUACUCAUGUUGUUGAAGCAACGGUGUCGGUUGGUUAUAAUGCAGGGCAUGCAGUUGUCAUACCUCGAUUGUCACUUAUACCGUCUGAUAGUAGAUUACCGUUUAAGUUUAUGCGUCGACAGUUCCCAUUGAUGGUGUCAUAUGCAAUGACAAUAAACAAAAGUCAAGGCCAAUCUCUUUCACAUGUUGGGUUGUAUCUUAAAAAACCGGUUUUCACUCAUGGCCAGCUAUAUGUAGCUUUUUCCAGAGUUACAUGUCGAGCAGGUUUGAAGGUACUCAUUUGUGGUGAUGAUGGUGAUGACACAUGCGAUUCUACUUUGAAUGUUGUGUAUAAAGAAGUAUUUAGAAAUGUGUAA